AUGACAGAUUGUGAACAACAACAAAUACAACAACACCAACACCACAACAUUCAUAAUAUACUCAAGAAUAAAUAUGUAUUCAAGUUGAUAACCAAUUAUAUUCAUGAAUACUCACAACACAGUAGAUAUUCACCUCACGGUGUCUCUUACAAGAUCGAUGAGAUACCAACGAUGAGAUGGGCGAUCAUCAAUGGUUAUGGAGGACUAUUAGAUUACUAUUCAACCAACAAGGACAAGAUUAGAUCGUUGUGGCCUGUUCUGACAAUCAACGAUAUUAAAGCAUUAUGUUCACCACAUCGAUACAAUCGGUCGUUUGCAUUCAAAUUGUCGACUUUCAAAAGAUUGUUUGAUAUCUAUAGUGAUCAGUUGGCAGGUGAUCAUAUAGUACUCGACAAUGCAGCAGAGUCUGGUAAUUUAGAACUAGUAGAGUUUUUAUUACAACAAGGUAGUACUACUACUGUGAUCACUAAUUUGGCUAUUGAAAAUGCAUCUCAACAAGGUCAUAUUACAAUCCUCGAAGCAAUAUUUAAUCAUAUCAACAAUAAUAAUAAUAAUAAUAAUUUGGAUCAUCCAAAACUUAAAAAGAUAAACAAGAUAAAGAAUGCAAAUAUAUUGACUUCUAGAGCAUAUGAUUUGGCUGCAUUUGAUGGUCAUGUUGGUGUAUUAAAGUUAUUGGAUUCUUUUGAAUGUGAUGCAACAAAGGAUGCAAUUGAUAUGGCUGUCAAGAAUAAUCAUAUUCAAGUAGUAGAGUACAUGUUGGGUAUUAAAAAGUACAAGAGUCUAUUCACUCAAAAGGCAAUCAAGAGAGCUAUCCACAACAACAAUCAUGCAAUGUUAUUGUUGUUGAUUAAAAAGGGUAGCCCGAAAAGCAAAUACCUAGAACAAGAUUCUAUCUUGUUGGCCGUUACAAACAUGGUGUAUCACAAAGAUGUAUCAUCGAGUGUCAAGAAUGAACAAACCGAGAUGAUCAAGUUUUUGGUAAAGAACAAGUACUUGAGAUCCAUCUCAUCCAACAUGGUAUCGACAUUGGCACAAUUUGGAAAUAUACAGGCACUCGAGUACCUUCAUCAAGAGUUUGGAUUGGAAAGAGAUAAUUCUAUAGAGACUUAUGUUUGCAUGAGUGGAGAUAUUGAAAUGAUGCUGUGGUAUGCAAACAAGUUGGGUGGUACAUUCUCUGAUGAAAGUGUUAGAUCGAUUGUCAAACACGGAAAUAUAGAGUGUGUUAAAUAUGCAUUGCCCGAUCCAUCAGUCAUUGGCACAGACUUGCUCGAGUUUCUCAUCCCAGAGGCAUCGACCAAAGGACAUUUGGAAAUUGUACAAUAUUUAUUCAAGGGUUUUGGAGUAGACUAUCGACCAACAACUCUGUUGGGAUUGGAUCAAGCAAUGUCGUUUGGUCAUUUGGAUGUUGUAAAAUAUUUGGCCGAAAAGAUUGACCUCGUUGCUGUGACGGAAAAGAGACCUCUAGAAAGAGGAAUCGUCCGUUCAAUUGAAGGAGGUCAUUUCAAUGUAUUAUACCAUUUUUGUCAAGAGGUUCCGGUUGCCAAAGACAUAGUGUCUGCCAAUACAAUCAUGGCUGCUUGUAAAAUGGAUUUGGGUGUGACCAAAUUCUUGUUUGACUAUUUCAAAACAUACGAUAUUAUCGUCCCCUACAUCUACCUGUCAGAGUGGAUCAACACUGCUCGUGACAAUGGACAAUUUGAAAUAUUUAAAUAUCUUGUCAGUCUAGACACUACUGUCACAUUAAAUAUCGACGCAAUAUGUAAAAAGGGUCACGUACACAUGCUAGAGUACGCACUCUUUAAAUCAGGCAUCAUCGUAGACAGCGACGACAUUGAGAUGGACAGAAAAAGACUAAAGAUGAAAAUAGAAACCAAUACCGUUUUUAGUCUUGCCGAAUUGGGUAGAGUCAAAGUGUUAGAGACACUUGUCAAAUACAAGUUGUGGAGUGCUUCCAAACCUCUCCCAAAUUCUAUUAUACCAAUGUUGUUGGAUGCCGGAUACAUCAACUUUGUCAAAAAGUCUUUAGACUCUAAAGUCUUCAACAUGGAACACAGUUUAUCUAGGGAAUGGUACUAUGUUCCCUUUCAAAGUGGCAAUGUGGCUGUUAUAGACUAUGCUGUCAAAGUAUUGGGUAUCAAAUUAACAACAACCAAGAUGAUCCUCGAUUCUGAAUCACCUCAAACCAUUACAGUGCCAUUUGUUAUACCUCCAGUGGACAAGAUCGGUACGAAUGGAUACCUACGUUCGAUUGAUUGGGCAAACAAAUUGGACAUUUACGACCACUCUACAUUUGUCACUAAAAUGGUUCCAAAACUAAUCCAAAACAAUCAUUACACCAUCGUGUCAUCUCUCAAACUUAAACCAGAGGAUUGGGAUAGAGAAAACGUUGCUCUUUUAAAUGCAGGAUGGGAUUCUAAAAAUGAAACAAUGUUAAAUUAUGUUUUAUCAAAAGUUCCAAGUAAACAUGCAAAAAAGUUUUUAGAUUGGAAGAAAAAUUAUUCUAAUCAAUAA